AUGCAAUGGGGCCAGUUGGCCAAUCGGCUUCCUGUACAAGUGACUAAGGCUAGUUCGACUUUCCAGCCCUCAGAGCGGGUCACAGGCAGUCUGAAAACAAGCAGUGCACAUGUUCUGCCAUCAGCUAUGCCAAACAUCCUGGCUAAUGCUGGGCGCACACAAGCCUCCGACGAUGAAGGAUUUACGACAAGAGAAGAACAGAGAACCUCUGCGGCAAAGGCGGUAAAGCUCGGAGCUGGGGUACGUUAUCUUCCUCCCCAUGAUAAUCUUCUAUUUGUCUGUUGGCUUAUUCUUCCUUCCAACUAUUCUCGACUUUUAAUAUGGUCCUCCUAUUCCACAGAUGCUGCUCUGAGUGAUUUCGGAUUUAGCCCAGCUUAUACGCUUUGUGAAUCUACUCUUCUUACUCCAUCGUAUCGGAGCCCAGACUGUGGAACGAAAAUCCACAAUAUGCGUCCCGUUUCUGGAGCCUCUAAUACGACCGUUCGAGAGCAAAGCGCCUAUUUAUACAACUGCCUUUCCUGGACUGGAGACCUACCCAAGGAGGUCGAGUGCUGCAGCCCUGACGACAUCAGUGGUGCACAAAGCGAUGGCGACCUAUUCAAUUCUGGCGUGGAAACGGACGCCGUCUCUGGGGCUUUUGAGGCCCAAAACCAAAUCUUCACAACCCUUUGCUGGGAAGAAUCAGGUGCCUCUUUCCUCUUUUACGAAGGUUACGUGCACGAGCGAAUCAAGUCGAGGCUUGUUUCGUCCGAUAGUCAACAAUUUCUGCUCCAGCAGCACCGGCCAUCGUGCCAGCAGUCGUGGUAG